AUGUAUAUACAUAAAAAACGACAACAGACAAACAUUCUUGAUGAAUACAAACUUAUUAAUAUAAGAAACAUUUCCGAAAAACACGUUAAAGUUAACCUUCUAGGUGUGAUUAUUCAGAAACAGUCCGUUAAACGAUGCACUACUAAUUUCUCGAGUUCGAAUAGUCAAGCUGUAUUAGGAUUCACUCUUAGAGACAGCACAUAUGAUUGGAUCAACGGAAGCUAUUGGGGUACAUUCUCGAGUGUUAAUUCGGUGGCAUCUCAAUUUAACAUUGGCGAUUGCGUGAUUGUGCUUAAUGCCAAACUAAAGUUCAAAGAAAGAAACUCUUAUGAAGAACGUUUUAUGGUUCAAACACCUUCAAAUUAUCAUCUGCUUUUGAGGGACAGGAGUGGAAGCAUUACACAAUAUGCACUUCCUGACAAGUUAUACAUAAGCCGCCUAAAAUCAUCUUUAGUAUGUUCAGCAGCUUAUCACAGACCUCUGCAUCAAGUAAUACAGGAAAUCUACUCCAAAAGAUUCUCAAACAACCAAAGCCACUUCAACUGGAAUAUAUAUAAUCCUUCUUUAGAGUUUACGUUCUUUGCAGUUGUUUCGGAAGUAAAGCACCCAAAAACUUUAUUAAUGUCUCAAAAGAAACUAAAGUGUGAAGGAGACGAGGAAUUAACAAUACAAAACGCGAGCACAACCAACAAAUCAAAGUCAAUUCAGUCGAUGGAAGCAGUUCAAACGGUACUACAGCUGUGUGAAGUCAUGCUUUUUGAUGAUUCAUGUAACUGUCUUCCGCUAAUCUUUUGGAAUGAAGAGUGGAUUCACAUUGCAUUAACAGCUUUUAUACCAUAUUCUACCGUUUUAUCGAUUGUAAACUGUCCAGUUCGUUACGAUCGCUACCGCAAAGGUGUGGUUGCCUCACCAAACUCAAAAACACUAAUCAUUAUCUCACCUGACUGUGCAGAGGCCAAUCGUUUAAGUCAACACUCCAAGCAUCGGACUCAAAGCAUAGAUAUUUUGGAAAGCGGCCACACUUCGUUCACUGUUGAGAAUGUAGAUGACAGACUAUUACAAUCUUUACCAAUGGGAUAUAAAACGGCUCAACCAGAGAUCUACAAAGUUCCUCUGACAAGUAUUCACAAUAUCUUAACUGUUCGAGACCUCAAAGAAGGAAAAGUUGUCGCUGGAUAUGCUUGUACAUUCGCCGUGUUUACGAAAAUCGAUUUGGACUGUGAAAAUUCACAAUACCUCAUAACACUGCAAUGCUCUAAUUGUCAUGGUCGUUUGAGGUCAUGUGAUCCGCCAGCAGACUAUGAUGUGACAGCACCUGGAAAAAAAUUUGACCCAAAUGUUAAAUGUAUGUUUGCAAUGUGCACCACUCCAGGUUGUCCGACAAGUGGACAAAGACUGUCUUGGUUUGAUAAACAACACGUAAAUAUGGAAUACGGUACAUUUGUUCAUCUAUCAGACCAUACAGGAACAUAUUCUAGAUGUCUUUUAGCCAGUAUUGCAAUGGAAAAACUUUUAGGAUGCAGUGUUGAAGAAUUUCUACAUUCACCAUUGGAAAAACGAAUUCGUUUGAAGUGGGAGUUCUGUCUAAGAAGAUUUAAGGUUGGUUUACUACUUUUUUAUGUGUUACAAUAUUUGGUUUGA